CGUUAGGGAACACGACUAUACUAUCCACACAGACAACACAACCGUAUAUCAAUCGUCAUGGUGGCAUCCGAUCGCCCCAACUGUGUUAACUGACUUGGGACAUCUUCCAUUGGUGCAUCCAGGAAGAAAUACAACUAUAUGCUUCCACAUUCCAGGAGAUCAGAACAAGAUCCCGGAUACCCUGUCUAGGGGUUUGAUAAUUCUAACAGAAUGGACACUCAACAGAGAGAUUGUCCGUCUGCUCUUCACCAAUAUCGACAGACCCCACACCAACCUCGCAACAGCCAUCAGUGCUCAGCUCCCAGUAUUUUGCUCACGGCGCCCAGACCCCAAAGCAUGGGCAGUGGACGCACUAGCAAUAAAAUGGAUCGGGAUGUUCGCAUAUGCUUUCCCACCAAUAUCCUUGCUUCCAAAGGUCCUAAACAAUUUAGAACAGGAGACAUGCUGAAUGUUGUUAGUAGCCCCAUUCUGGCCACACCAACCCUGGUUUCCGAGGCUGAUCAGGCUGGCAGUUUGCACUCCGUGGAUACUACCUCAGAGAGUGGACUUCAUAUUCAAACUGCAGUCCCUUAAUCUUCAUCCAGCCCCAUGGGACCUUCAUUUAACUUGCUGGCCUCUGCGCAAGAAUUGUUCAGAGCAGCAGGCCUUUCUCAAGACGCUGCAGCUCUCGUAGCACACUGCCGCCAAGCCUCUACUUUACGACUCAAGACUUCGGCAUUAUUACAAUGCAACAGCCAUCAAUGCCCUACUAUUACAAUGCAACAGCCAUCAAUAUCCCUACUAACAAAGUCUAGUGAUCAAACCUCAGCUUCUCUGACAUUGGUCGGUGAUUUUUUGCUGUACCUUUACAAUCACAGUCUGACCGUAGCAACAGUCAAGAACUACUGGUCGGCCCUUUCCGCUCUCCACAACGGAUUUGAAGAUGGUUCAGUGAUCUCAAACAACAAAAAGGAAUGUUUUUUGAGCAUCCCCCAAUAAGAAAUCUUAUACCUUCUUGGGACUUCAACCAAGUCCUACAGUCAUUAAUGAAGCCCCCUUUGGAGCCCCUGGGCCAGGCUUCAUUGUACCACAUGACUCUUAAACUAGUGUUUCUCCUGGCUGUAGCCACCUCUCGCAAAAGGAGUGAACUCCACUCCCUUUCGGUUGAACCAGGACACAUUCCUUGGGAACCAGGAGGCAUCCGACUCAUUCCCUCAACAGCCUUCCUGACUAAAAACCAAUCCAUCCGUUUUACACCUCUGGAUAUUUUCGUACCAGAAAUAUGUACAAUAUCGGCUAUCCCUACCGACAAAGUCUGGUGCCCGGUGCAGGCUCUUAAAUGGUACAUCAGCCAGACCAAGGCACUACGUGAGAGGACCUCACAACUGUUCAUAACAACAAGACAUUCACACUGUGCUGCUUCACGUGACACCGUUGCUCGAUGGAUAGUGUCGGUGAUUAAAUCAGCAAACCCGCAUUGGCCUUCAACGGACAAGGGUUCAUCUAAACAGAAGCCUCAUACUCAUACAGUGCGAGCACUGUCAACAUCAUGGGCUUUCUUCAGGGGAGUUCCCCUCGAAGACAUUACGAAGGCAGCAUGUUGGAAAUCCUCCACGUUCACAUCUUGGUACCUCAAAGAUGUGCUCCAAACCGAGGGCGCACCAGGACAGACAGUCCUGUCAGCGGGUAUGUCCUCAUCAAAAAGGAGCACGACAAGAGAGGAAACCUCCUAAGACAUAACAGGAGCACCUCCCUUGUGAUUGAAAAGUACAUAGGAGAGCUUGAAAGUUCCAAACUGAAUACGAGAGAAUUUGAAGAGGAGGAACAACUUGGAAGUGGUACAGAAAGUGACGCACAAGAUAUGAUGCAAACCACAGGAUCUACUUUCAGCAAGAUGCAGAGCAAGUUACAAGCUUUGGAGGAUCGCAAAAUAACUUGCAUAAAAAUACUGCAAGAGAUGGAUACAUAUUAUGAUGAAGCAUUUUCACGUGUGAAGCAGUCCACAAGGAUCUCUAUUAAAAGGUCGCUUGCUGAGCUUGAGAGUGGAGGGAAUGUCAGAUUUGAAGAAGGCCAUUCUUCGAGUGCAUGGUUUGCAUCUUGCCAUGAUCUCAUUCUGUCACGAUUCUGUGCUGCUGAUUACAAAGCUUACAACAUACUUGGCAUCCAGAUUCAUGGCAUCACAAGAGUUCAUAACAGAAUGCUACGAUACCGCUUUGACAACAAGCUAUGUGCUAUUAUUGAGGAAGAUGAACCACUUGCUGUCACCAGAACACCUACUCUCAAGAGGCUCCAGGAGUACUUGUUCUUCGUUUGGGAUCCUGAUUUACCAGGUGGUGAAAAUGAACCAGUUAAGAUUCUUGAAGAAGGGCCUAUGGAUUGUGAUACAUACAGUCAACUCGGUCUCCAUGGAGCAGUUCAUCUGUCUAAUAGUGUGAGCUUGUGUGAUAAAGCGAGGAUAGAAUCAGCCAUCGGCAAGGCAAAGAAGGAGACGUGCACUGACCCUUGCCCAUUCAGAUUUGGUCAGUUGGUAGUGUGUAAGGUGUACCUUGGAAAAAGUCUUCCAGCCUUGGAUGUCAACGUGAAGAUAAGCAAGCAGCUCUAUCCAAUUGCUGACUCAGUUUUCAAGCCUAAGAAUUUCAGUCUUGAAGAGAACGAGCAUCAGUGUGAAUGUUCUGCCAGACAGUGUGAAUGGUUCAUCUUUGAUCAUGAACUUGUACUUCCAGAGUAUGUCAUUGACUUUGAGUACAAAACAAAGGAGGUACCACCUUCUCCAUUUAUUGAUGUGAGUGAUAACCAGGCAGUGGAGCGAAAACCGAUCGAGCAAAGUUUUGACCUAGAUGUAUUGAGGUUGGACCCCGUAGUUAAACCCAGACCGAGGCUUGUUUCGCUAUCUGAAGAUGUUAUUCUGCAAAUUAGUGGUGUAACUUCACUCACCUUAGUCUCGGUGCUUAAUCUCCAUGGCAAUGGAUUAACUAAACUGAGAUGCAUAUCGUCACUUACAUCCCUGCAGAAGUUGAUCAUCAGUUUCAAUGAGUUGUCAAAGCUGGAGGAUCUGGCGUAUCUGCCACACUUGGAGUUUAUUGAUGCCAGUUUCAACAAGCUUUACACACUGGAUGGAUUCAGGGGUAUGAGUAAAUUGAAGUACCUGGAUAUUAGCUGGAAUGAGCUGACCAACAUGAAGGAUGAUUUGUCAAUUUUACGCAAACAUGCAACAGGUCUGACUUGCCUUGACUUGAGACAUAACAACUGGCAGAAGCCUGAUGGUGUUAGACUACGCACCAUUGGACGCCUCAAGUCAUUAUCGCUGCUUGAUGGUCAAGCAGUCACCGAGAGUGAAGCAACUGCAGCAUUGAGAAUGGCUGCUGGGUCUCGAGUUUCUCAGGUGUCUCUACUUGCUCACACAAGGACUGACUCUUGUAGGCCAAGAAGCCUCAGCCUUGCAUCCUGUGCCCAGCUACUGACACAGAUCAGCCGUCAGAAGCCUGAUAGAUUAUGUGAAACAGAUGGCAACUGGUACAGCAAGGUAACAACACUUAAUCUUGAUGGGCAGCAUAUCAGCAAAUUGUCCAACCUAGAGAGAUUAGUAAAUCUUCGAUGGGCUUCCUUCAAUAACAAUGACCUGACAAAGAUCGAAGGCUUAGAUGAAUGCACACAACUAGAGGAACUUGCUCUUGAGGAUAAUUGCAUUUAUAAAUUGGAAGGCAUUGGUAAACUGACGAAGCUGCAUACCUUGAAUCUCAGCUCCAAUAAUAUAAGCACACUAGAAGCAGCAGGGUUGGAGAGGUUGACCCAACUCCAGUGCCUAGCUGUUUGUAACAACAGGAUCUCAUCUCUUGCUGGACUAGCAAAAACACUGUCCCUUUUGGAGUUAUACAUUGGGAAUAAUCGUAUCCAGAAUAUCAGAGAGAUUUUCAAUCUCAAGCAUCUGCCCAACUUUGUUAUCCUGGACUUGUUUGGAAACCCUGUGGCAUCAGUGGAAAAUUACAGACUGUUUGUGGUGUAUCACCUCAAGAAUUUGAAGGCCUUGGAUGGAUCUGCUGUGGAAUCUUCAGAAGGGGGAACUGCCAAGGAUAAAUUUGGUGGUAGGUUGACACAAGACUUCGUGGCAGAGAAACUAGGUCACUCUAAUUUUCAUGAAGUGCGGGAGCUCGACUUUCCCCAGAGUGCUCUUCGACAGGUUGACCUCGGCACAGGGGAACACUUUAUUAAUCUGAGAAGUGUGAACCUGGAGCAUAACAGUUUGCAGUCAUUCUGUGGUCUUGUCUACCUGGUGAACCUAAGGGUGCUGUGUUUGAACCACAAUCAUAUUGAAUGUAUCUUGCCGCGCCCCAAGGCUUGUGGAAGUAAAGGAUACCUAAAGGGAUACAGAGAAGACCUGACAGACAUUUAUAGCCCUGGGAAUUUCACACCCAUUCUAGAAAAUCUGGAAGUACUCCAUCUAGGAUAUAAUGGAAUCACUGACCUAAUUAGGCUUCAGAUUAGCCGUUUACCAUCUCUCAAGGCUCUCUUCUUACAAGGAAACGAGAUCAGCAAAGUGGAAGGCCUUGAUAGCUUACAGGAUCUAAGAGAGAUAGUUUUGGAUCGCAACAGAAUUAAAGGGCUAUCAGAGUAUUCUUUCAUGAAUCAGUGGAACUUAGUGGAGCUUCACAUGGAAGAAAACAGACUAAGAGAUCUGUCUCACUUGCAGUAUCUGGAGAAUCUUCAGAGGCUGUAUCUUGGCAGUAAUAGAUUACAGGAUGUCUGUGAGCUGGAAAAGCUUGAAGCACUGCCAAACCUCAUCGAGCUGUCUGUUAUCAGCAAUCCCGUAUCCAGAAGGUUGAUGCAUCGUCCGUUGCUUGUGUUGAGACAACCUAACUUGCUGUGCAUUGAUGGAAUACCAGUUAGUCCAGAAGAGAGGACUAAGGCAGAGAUGUAUUUUCUAGAGCAACAG